AUGCAACUCUCUAAAGAGUUAACAAAAACGAUCCGACGGACGUCUUCCUUGUCCACGAUGAUGCACAAGAGCGGCAAGGCAAUGAUCCAGAAGGGCGCCAAGCAUUCCGACAAGGCUGUGGGGCUGGUGGAAGGCGCCCAAGAGGUCCGCGACCUGUGUCGCGCCGCCGGACUGCACCACAAGGACGUCAAGCACGCCUUCAAGUCGGUGGUGGGCGGCGGGGUCGCCGCGUUCGCGUCCCACCGCCACAGCAGCCACGAAGAGAAGGAGCAGAUGCUGGCUAUGAUGAGCGGGCCGGGGUCGAACGUGCUAAGGGUCCGCGGCUUCAGCAUCUUGCCCUUCAAGGAGCACGUGAAGCGGGUUUCCCGGCGCCAUGACAACCCCGACUCCCGCAUAGAAGCGAUGGAGGCGGUGGUGACCUCCGUGAAGGGGGCCUACUACCCCCACAAGAUCAACGUUGCGGCCUGGGACGUCGGCCUGGGCAUGGAGGAGCCCGAGUUGUACGACAUGGUGGAGAGCGGCACCGCGAAGAACCCGGACGGCCUCGCGUACCGGUACGCCGUGUUCAGGGGCCAAGGGGUCAUCAAGUGGAAAGGGGGCCUCCAGACCGGUGUCCCCGACGUCUGCUGUACAGGAAAUCUCAACAUGGGUCCCGACAGCGUCUGGUUCAGCCAAAUCCUUUACUGAUGGAUUGAUCGAUCGUCAUCAAAAUCUCCUCUUUUGUUGUUGUUUGUAUCGUAAAAGGGCUCUCGCUCUUGUUUUCUCUCGUUCGCAUAUAACGACGGCCUUGGCGUCGUCUCAUCGAUUACCAUUACCUAUUGCUGUUUAAAUUAUUCAAAGUGACAUGGAAUGGAUGUUCGAAAGCACAUCGUGUGUGCUGGAUAACUCUCUUGUUAUUUCGCGGUGAACGCUGGGAGCGAGACGCCGAUCGGAGCACUGGUCUCUAUCUCGCCUUUGAUAGACGGGGAGGACGAGAGAGAGAGGGGUAGCGUGGUCGGCGCACCGCUUGAGCAGGUGUUUCGAGUUUUUUUUUUCUGCAAGUGUUUAUUUUUUGUGUGUGUGGGCGGGUGUUUGCUGUUUUUUUUUGGUGCAUGUUUCGAUUUUGUGUGUGUGUGUGUGGUCUUUUUCUGCAAGUGUUGGUCUGGGAUGCUCCCUGUGUAUGGCACGUGUGCGGCAAGUGGGUCGCUUUUCCGUCAGCCAAGCUGUUGUUGUUUGCGAUCCACUGUCGUUGACGUGUUUCAGGUUUUGGCCGGUGCGCAUCAAUCUAUCUGUCCUCGGCAAAUGUUGAUCUAUUCAUUGGAUUUAUCCUUGCAUGAUUCGGUCGGAAAGUGUUAGCCUGUGUUUUUAUCUGUGAACUUUCCAGCCUUUCUUGACGU